AUGGAGCAUCAACUACUUGACGCUCUUUGUGAGUGUAUGACAUACUUCCUUUGUGCUGAAGGCACCUACAUUAUCCAUGACCAUGAGGGAGACCCUGUGAAGGUGAUGCUAUUCAUAGUUCACAGGAAGCUAGAGAGCAGCACAAAAGAUGGUGGCAGGAUGGGUUUCUUCAAUUCUAUCAUCUUAAAUCCAGAUGAUUUCUGUGGCGAGGAGUUGGUCACAUGGGCACUACUUCCCAGUUUGGGCGACAGCUAUCCGUCAUCAACAAGGACUAUGAAAACAAUCACAGAGCUUGAGGCAUUCUCCUUACAAGCCGAUGACCUGAAUGAAGUUUGUGGCCAACACAUUCAGGAUGAUGCAUUCCAAGCACCUGAAGCCCAUAUUCUGGUUCUACUCGCACCAGAGGAAAACAUGGGCAGCCUGUCUCAUCCAGUCAGCAUGGAGGCAGUGCCGAAAUCGACAGAAGAUGGCAGAAAGCGGCAUGAGUAG